GUAACGACGAUGGUGGCGCCGCCCGGCCGGAAACGCGCUCCGGAGCGGAGGGUUCCGCCGUGGGACGGGGCGGAGCGGAGCGGUCGCGCAGCGCCCGGGGUGCCCAGCUGCCACCGCCAUGCAGGGCUUCGUGGAGUUCACCAACCGCAGCCAGGGGAGGGAGAGGCUCUUCCGAGCCACUCAGUACACAUGCAUGUUGCUUAGCUAUGUCAUUGAGCGUAAUGCUGAUAACGAGAAGCUGGUGCUGAAACUCAGGCAGCUGGAAUCUAGCAUGAGCUCUGGCCGUAAAAUGUUCCGGCUGGGCAACGUGGUGCACGCCUUGGUAGCAGCCAGGAAAACUACCGAGCUUCCCGAAGUGCUGCCUCGCAUCUGCCUGACAGCCUCCAACCUGACCCGUGCCCUGUACUUCUUCUGCGACACGGUGCUGUGGUUGAAGAGUGUUGGACUCCAAUCUGACAUCAAUAAGGCAAAGUGGCAGAACUGGGCCACCAAGUGCUACUACUUCUCACUGCUGAUGAACCUGGCCAGGGAUUGGUAUGAGGUCUCCUGGAGGCUGGAACAAGCUGUACAGGAAGAAAAGAUGAAGAACUGCUGCUGGGACAAACAAAAUCAGGAACUAAACUCUUCCAAAUGGAAUGGUUUGCAUGGUUUUCUCUUCCUGCUCUUUCAGAUACUCAGAAGUCAUCCUCCUCUGCUGCUAGACGUGGUGAAGAACCUCUGUGAUCUCUCUGGUCCGUUGGAUACGCUGGGGAUCUACAAAACCAAUCCAGGCGUGAUUGGUUUCUGUGGGCUCCUCUCCUCUCUGGUUGGGAUCCUCACACUAGCAAGCCCACAUCUGAAGCUGAAAGAGUGACGUAAGAGGAACUGCUCAGUGUGCAGUGAGCCAGCAGCUUUGAUCUUCUGACGGGUUUUUAUUCUCCGUAUGGCACUUUAAAAAUGAAGAUGUCUCACUUUAACCUCAAGAUGAGUUUUUUUCCCUCUGAAUAAGUGACUUCUGCCCUCUGUCCUUCCCUGUGUCUUUGCAGAUGAGUUUGCGGCCCAGUGGAGUGAAGAUGGAAGAAGGCAGAGUAACAUUGCACAAACAGAAAGAGGACUUGGAACAUGGCUGCUAGAGAAGGAAAUACUGAUGCUCCUAUAUUUUAAUACAGCUUAUGAAAUAGCUGCCUAGACUACUGUAGUAUGUGUAUGACUCAUAACUAAUCAUGUUUACACAGGAAAGCUAGAAUUCACCAAUCAAAGGUUCCUAUAGCCAAAUUUUCCACAGUGUGUUCAGGCAAGUUAGGAAGUGUGGUUAGAUGGCCUAAAGUAAAGCUUGAGUGUUCUGAUGGGACUGGAUUGCUGGAUUCCGAUUUCUGUAGGCAAUGGUUUGAUGAUAACUGAAAAGUGGUAUCACCUGACCUCUCAGUGAUCUGUGACUCUGGAGCUGCAGUCUGGUGAGUGCCAACUUACGUCCCAGGAAAUCAAAACCUUCUUUUCCUUUGAUAAUAUAAGCCAAGAUGGGUUGGCCACCAACUAACUGUUCCAGCAGGCCGUGGCUGAGGAUUUUGGUGAAGAAAAGCGUGUGGGAAAAGCUGGUCUCAUUGCUGCUAAUGCUGUGAUUUGUAAGGAUCUGCGUGCGGUGAAGCUGUGAAUCUGGAACCUGUCAUAAGCACUACAUUUCCCAUUACAUCCACACCUUAAUUCCUGUGAUUCCAAGUGGAACAAUUUUACAUUAAUGACAGUGUGAUAAGCAGCUUGUUCUGCUGUUUUAAUUUUACUUGAAAAUGUCCAGUGUAAUAAGGAGCUUUGGAACCUGCACUUAAGGAGAAAAGGCCCUCUGGGAGCUUGUCAAGUCAGAAAAGCUGCAAGGGUGUUUCCAGUUGUGUAAGCUCCUGGAGGGAGGGGAAUGGAGUCGGAUUUGAUCAUAUAUCAGAAUGUCCUUGAGAAGAGAAGCUUAUUACCUGGAUUUGGGCAUUCACAUUUUGGAUUUUCUUUCUUGGUCCUCUUUAUGCUUCCAUUAUGACAGCAAGAUUUCUUGUGUGUUCCCUCACUGGUUCUACCAUUUGAAAAUGCCUUGUGAUUGCCCUGUGACUGCAUAACUGCUCUUCAGUUUUCUAGCUGGGAAUGAUUGCCUGGCAGGGUGAGCUAGGUUAGAGGAGAAAUGCUGUGUCCAGCUGUCUAACAGCUUGCAUGGUGUGCAGUCAUUGUUGCUUCUGCCUUUGUGGAGUACCAGUUCUAACACCAUCUUGAGAAAAAUUUGCACAUCGUAUAGGACACAAAAUUAUCGCUUUUCUUCAUCAGAGCUCGGCCUGUGUGUUCUGUUGCUUUCUGACUGCAAGUGCUGCUUGUUUAAUCUGUCAGGAGAUGUGAAUAGAGAUUAUCCUAACCAGGACCAAUGUACUCUCUUAUUAUUUCUGAUACUCUCUGUAAACAGAAAUUAAAAGGUGCUGGUCUCCUUUAUUACAGGAGGAGGCUGUGGAAUUGAGCAGGCAUGGUAAUGCAGUGCCCCAGUUUACCUUAAGUCAUUGUGGUCGUGCUUGGAAUUACUUCCACUUUGAAUCUGAAGUGUUAGGCUGCCAACGAAGUGUUGCAAAUAGGGGUUGCUGAGCAGGGUAAUUAAGUGUGUCUGAAUACCAAACGUGGCCUGUAGCAGCUCUUCUUUUUAAUAUGGGAAUGAAUAGCACUAAAAGUAGAGCACGCUGCAGUUCAGGCCAUAAUGGAUGUGUUGUAUUCAAGGGCUUUUUCUUGAUACUUGUUUAACAGUUGGGUUUUUUGUUGUCAUUUCUUUGUUUCUUCAGUCCAUGUGCCUUUGAGCUGCUGGCACUGUGCAGCCCAUCCCUCCCUUGGUCAGAUUUGAUCAUUAUCCCAGUGUCAGCAAUCCCAUAAGGAAAGGAGAGGAGUCUUGGCGAUCUGGCAACAGAGCUCUGGCCACCCUUAGCCCACAGAAUUUAUCUUCUUGCAAGAAACCACAUGAAUUCCUCUCAGGGGACCUCUUGGAUACAAAACAGAUCUUACGCUGGUUUGCAGACUGAUUCCUUUUCCCAUGUAGUUCAUAGGUGAGGGGGAAUGGAUUCAGACACUGAUGUGGCCCUGGCUAGAUACAGCUCUCUGUGCUUUGCAGAGGGAGCAGGGUGGUUUCUUGCCCAUGUGCCAAGCAAACACUGCAAAGUCACAAACCAGUCUUUGCUGUUCCUCUUGGAGGAGCUGGGAUGGCUCAGCAAGUACAGACUUAACCUGGGAGAUGGGGUGAUGAAUUUUCAGCCUGUCUCAGCCUUACCUGUCCCAUUUGGCAUAACACAGGUCAGAGCAUACAGGAGUAACUUUACUGGAUUUUAAGCACUAAUACUGCCUUUCUGCUCCCCAGCUGGGGGCUAGCAAUUUAAAGUACCUUAAUGUAAUGUGACUGAAGCCAUAGAAUUGUAAUCAAGUGGAGAAAAUCCUUUUAGUGCCUUUUCUGUGUAUGUUUCUAAUACAACAGCUGGAAUAAGGAGAGCCGUUUGAACACAAGCAAUAAACUUUGAUGCGUAUAA